UCGCCCGCCGCGACAAAUGCACGCACGCACGCACGCACGCAGGCACGUAGGCGCGCCCUCCGCGAUUUACUCCUUGUCCGUGGCCGCUGGCGGCGCCUGGUUUCCGGAGGGGGGCGCGGGAAGGCGGGGUUCCCUCGCUCCCCCGGCGGGCUCCUGGAGGCGGGCCUCUCCGGGAGCCCGACGCGGCGGGCGGGAGAUGGAGGCUGGGCGGCCUCGGCCCGUGCUGCGCUCGGUGAACUCGCGCGAGCCCUCGCAGGUCAUCUUCUGUAACCGCAGCCCGCGCGUGGUGCUGCCCGUGUGGCUCAACUUCGACGGCGAGCCGCAGCCCUACCCGACGCUGGCGCCGGGCACCGGCCGCCGCAUCCACAGCUACCGAGGUCACCUUUGGCUCUUCAGAGAUGCUGGGACAUACGAUGGGCUUCUGGUUAACCAGACUGAGUUAUUUGUGCCGUCUUUGAAUGUUGAUGGACAGCCUAUUUUUGCCAACAUCACACUGCCAGUGUAUACCCUGAAAGAACGAUGCCUCCAGGUUGUACGGAGCCUUGUGAAGCCCGAGAACUACCGGAGACUGGACAUCGUCAGGUCGCUCUACGAGGAUCUGGAGGACCACCCAAAUGUGCAGAAAGACCUGGUGCGCCUGACUCAGGAGCACAUCGCCAGCCAGCCACCAGACGAGGAACCCCAGGAGCUGGAUGGAAACUAGCAUUCUUGUCCCUCAGCUUCUCUGCUACUGAGGAGUCUUGCUCUAGAUAGAGGACUGGCCAUUUCCCUCAGAGGGUUUUGUUCUUGAAGGGGAUAUGCUACCUUGCAUAAAGGAAAGGUGAUUGACUUUGCUGGGUGUUGCCAUGCUGAAGGACAGACAUCAGGAAGCCCCACUUCAUCCCUGUAGAGUACUCGUCAUGGGAAACGGUUGUGUUUUGCCUCCUAGUAAGUCAGGAAAGCUUCAGUGUAAGAGUGAGCAUGUGUAAUUCAGUAAGACUUGCCGCAUACCCUUUUGCCCUGGGAGAAAGUGGUGGCUUCUGCUUUGAACUGAUGUAAUAUGGUUGGUGAUAUGCCCAGCUUCUGGUAUAGGAGGCCUGGAAUUGGGCCAUCCUUGAGGCUGAAGCAGUCUUUCUCCUCUCCAGGCGCCCGUGUCUAGCCCAGUGCUGGUGAACCGAAGGCACGUGUGCCACAUCGGGCUAUGUGUGUUGCCACUCACUGCUCUCACUGGCCUGGCCUGGCCCGAGCUUGAGUUGGUGAAGAACCUGGGUGUGCUCUGCUGGAAGGGGUUCAGAGGAUUGGUGUCUUCUGUUCAGGGAGGCCUCAGCCUGUGGUAUGGCGCUGCACGGCUGUGAUCCCAGCACUGAGAGGCUGAGGCAGGAGGGUCACUGCAAGUUUGAGGCCAGCCUGGGCUGUGUAGUAAGUUCAAGGCAGUGAGUUCAUGGUGAGACCGUGUUUCAAAAA